GUUUUCAUUUUUCCUGUAGGACUACAGUUCUGUUCGCUUGUGGAUUCGUUUGAAACGUAAAGACUUGGAGUGAGAUGUGCUGAAUUCUUCUCACCUGUGUGCUACACUUGUUCAGCAGCUGUUUGAGGGAUUUAUUGGAAAACAUGAAUCAUCCAAUAGCAGGAAAUGUCCUUUUUUAGAACUAAAAGUGCUAAAUAUUGAUGUCUGAAAAACAAACAGCAACUUGGGGCAGAAAACGUGUAUGCUAUGGUUAGCUGGUCCCCUUUCUCCGAUCAUCUGUUUUUCCAUUGUGUGGAACUCCUUCAGCAUAGGGAUAAGGGAUAACGACUCUAUGGAUAUACAGAAUUUUUCACCAUGGUAAAACUCGCUAACCCGCUGUACACUGAGUGGAUUUUGGAGGCAAUAAAAAAGGUCAAGAAGCAAAAACAGCGCCCUUCAGAAGAGAGGAUAUGCAAUGCCGUGUCUUCGUCCCAUGGUUUGGACCGCAAAACUGUUCUGGAACAGUUGGAACUGAGUGUCAAAGAUGGAACCAUUCUAAAAGUUUCCAAUAAAGGACUUAAUUCCUAUAAGGAUCCUGAUAACCCUGGGCGAAUAGCACUUCCCAAGCCACGAAACCAUGGCAAGUUGGAUGGCAAACCGAACGUGGACUGGAAUAAACUGAUUAAACGGGCAAUUGAGGGCUUGGCAGAGUCCAGUGGCUCAUCGUUGAAGAACAUUGAACGUUUCUUGAAAGGGCAGAAGGAUGUCUCAGCUGUGUUUGCAAGCAGCGCUCCUUCUGUCUUCCACCAGCAAUUGCGGUUGGCUGUCAAGCGUGCUGUUGGCCAUGGACGACUUCUUAAAGAUGGGCCUCUGUACCAACUCAACACUAAAGCAGCCACAAAUGCAGAUGGGAAAGAGAGUUACGAGUCUCUUUCUUGUCUUCCUCCGGUAUCGCUACUUCCACAUGAAAAAGAUAAGCCAGUUGCUGAACCGAUCCCAAUCUGCAGUUUCUGUCUUGGUACAAAAGAACAGAACCGAGAAAAGAAACCCGAGGAGCUCAUCUCUUGUGCUGACUGCGGCAAUAGUGGUCAUCCAUCCUGCCUGAAGUUCUCGCCAGAGUUAACCGUGCGGGUGAAGGCCUUACGAUGGCAGUGCAUUGAGUGCAAAACCUGCAGUUCCUGUCGAGAUCAAGGCAAGAAUGCGGAUAAUAUGCUCUUUUGUGACUCAUGCGAUCGGGGCUUUCACAUGGAGUGUUGUGACCCCCCUCUGACCAGGAUGCCGAAAGGCAUGUGGAUAUGUCAGAUAUGUCGGCCUCGUAAAAAAGGAAGAAAACUUCUACAUAAAAAGGCAGCACAGAUUAAGCGGCGUUACGCCAACCCAAUAGGACGCCCCAAAAACCGGUUAAAGAACCAAAAUGCAACAUCAAAAGCCCCCUUCAGCAAAGUUCAGACAGGACCCGGCCGAGGUCGUAAGCGCAAGACUCCCCUAUCCAACCAGUUAACUUGCUCGUCAGAAGGGGGUUAUCUGGAGCAAGUGGAUGGCCUGGAAUUCUGCAGAGAUGCCAGCACCACCCUGAAAUUCAACAAGAAAACCAAAGGGCUCAUUGAUGGCCUUACCAAAUUCUUCACCCCGUCCCCUGAUGGGCGUAAAGCUCGAGGAGAAGUGGUGGACUAUUCUCAGCAAUAUAGGAUCAGGAGAAAGGACAAUAGGAAAUCAAGCACUUCAGACUGGCCUACAGACAAUCAGGACGGCUGGGAUGGAAAACAGGAAAACGAGGAAUGGCUUCUUGGAAGCCCAGAUGUCAUGGCUGAGAAAGACAUGGAGUUGUUCAGAGACAUUCAAGAGCAAGCGCUGCAGAAAGUAGGGGUGACAGGAGCCCCAGAUCCACAGGUUCGCUGUCCAUCGGUCAUUGAGUUUGGGAAAUAUGAAAUCCAGACCUGGUAUUCCUCUCCAUACCCACAAGAGUAUUCCAGGCUGCCUAAGCUGUACAUUUGUGAAUUCUGUCUCAAGUAUAUGAAAAGCAGAACUAUCCUCCAGCAACACACGAAGAAAUGUGGUUGGUUUCAUCCCCCAGCCAAUGAAAUUUACAGGAAGAACAACGUUUCUGUCUUUGAGGUGGAUGGCAACGUCAGUACCAUUUAUUGCCAGAACUUGUGUUUAUUGGCAAAACUCUUCCUGGACCAUAAGACACUGUAUUAUGACGUGGAGCCUUUUCUCUUCUACGUUCUGACCCAAAAUGAUGUGAAGGGCUGCCACCUUGUUGGCUACUUCUCCAAGGAGAAGCACUGCCAGCAGAAGUACAAUGUCUCCUGCAUAAUGAUUCUUCCCCAGUAUCAGCGCAAAGGCUAUGGCAGGUUCCUCAUUGACUUCAGUUAUCUCCUAUCAAAACGUGAAGGCCAAGCGGGAUCCCCAGAAAAGCCGUUAUCAGAUUUGGGUCGCCUCUCUUACAUGGCUUAUUGGAAAAGUGUAAUCUUGGAGUGCCUUUAUCACCAAAACGACAAGCAGAUCAGCAUCAAGAAGCUAAGCAAGCUAACGGGCAUCUGCCCUCAGGACAUCACUUCAACCCUGCAUCACCUGAGGAUGCUUGAUUUCCGUAAUGAUCAAUUUGUGAUCGUUCGGCGGGAGAAGCUUAUUCAAGAGCACAUGGCAAAACUGAAACAGAACCUCCGACCCGUCGUCGUGGAUCCAGAAUGUCUGCGCUGGACUCCUGUCAUCGUCUCAAACUCUGUGGUUUCGGAAGAUGAGGAAGAAGAACACGAAGAAGGGGAAGGGGAAGAGCAGCAGCCAAAGGAGAGAGAGAUAGAGGUGAUAAAAUCUGUAUCCUGGGAAAGAAAAGAGAGAGAGUCCUGCUUCCCCCUGGAGAGUGAAAAAAAGUCCGACGUCCUCGCCCCCACCAACUCCGUGCGGCCAAACAAGCAAAGUCUUCCCCUGGCUGGUCUUCCUGCCAACAGCCAGACACCGCGGCGGGGCCGGUGGAGUCGCAAGAACAAAAAGCUGCGGGAGCCCUUUGCCGAGAAGGAGUCCAGACUGGUUCUAGAGGAGAAGGCGGCCAUGGCCCGGGGUGGCCGGUGUGGGGAAUGCCAAGAGAAAGCGGCCGCGGCAGCUGCGGCAGCCGCAGCAGCCGCCGCCUCUCGGGGCAGAUUUGGGGAGAGUGAAGAGAAGAGCAGUUGCUCCCAGGGGCAAUGUGGCAAGUGCGAGGAGAAGUCCACCGCGCCCCGGGGGCACUUUGGGAAAGUCGAGGAGAAACCAGCCAUGUCCCAAGGGCCAUAUGGCAAAGGGGAAAAGCCUGUGACUACCCAGCGGCGAUACAGCGAAGACCUAGAGGUCUGGAGGGGACCCUUGAAGACCCUUGAGCCCCUGAAAAGCAGAAUCUCCGAGGAAUGCAGCAGGCUAGCCCGUCGACACAGCGAGGGGGACCGGACCCUGCUGAGGCACUUCAGUGAGAGCAGUGAGGAGGAGGAGGAAGAGGAGGAGGAGGAGGAGCAGCCCGUCAGCCCUUGCUCCAACUCCCUGCCGAUUCUCACAAAGCCCACCCUGAAACGCAAGGAGCAGCCUGUCAGCCCUUGCUCCAACUCCCCGCCGAUUCUCACAAAGCCCACCCUGAAACGCAAGAAGCCCAAUCCCCGGAAGAGGCGGGUCCGUAAGCGCAAAUACCACAACAGCAGCGUGGUGACGGAGACGAUCUCUGAGACCACGGAGGUCCUGGAUGAACCUUUCGAGGACUCCGACUCGGAGCGGCCCAUGCCUCAGCUGGAACCCACCUUCGAGAUGGAAGAUGAGGAGGAUGAGGAGGAAAGCGAGCUGUUCUCGAGAGGUUAUCUUCACCGUCUUCCACCCCAGGACUCUCUCCGGCACAGGCCCUCCUCAAAGAGAGGAUCUCAGACUGGAGAGGAAUCGGACGAGGCCACUGGUUCUCCUACCUUGAAACCAGUCUCUGUACUGAGAAAAUGUGAAGCAAAAGAUUCUCCCCUCCCACCGGACACCUCCACCCCAAUGAAGAAGAAGAAAGGCUGGCCCAAGGGCAAAAGCCGCAAGCCCAUCCACUGGAGGAAAAGGCCGGGGCGCAAGCCAGCUUUCAAUCCGAAGAGAGGGAGAGUUCUCGCUCCUGCUGCAGAAGAGGCAGCAGAUCCUGUGGAAGUAGCUUCAAAACCGGGGUGGAAACCCAAAGUGCAGGAGAAGGAGGAACCUGUUGAGCCAAAGGAAGACCUUCUGCUGGUUCCAGAAGAGAGGAAGGAAGACGACGAGUCCCCAGAGGGAGGGGACUUGGGAGAAGAGGAGGAGGAGGAAGAGGCACCGGCCAGUGAAACGAGAGCGGCUUCUCCCAUCGAGAGCAGCAACAGCCCGGCAGCCGAAGGGAAGGAACCUGAACUGGAGGAAGAAGGAGAGAAGCCGCCACAGGUGCUUGAAGAGCAGAGGCCGUCUGAAGAAGAUCAGCAGGAGGUGGAAGAACCUGAGCGCGACCAGGAGGAGGAGGAAGAGGAAGCGGCAGCAGUCGUGAACGAGAACGACGACCAUGAUGCAGACGACGAGGAAGACGACGGCCACGUGGAAUCUGCCAAGAAGAACGAGCUGGAAGAACAGGCGGCGAAAGAGGAACUGAAGGAAGAACCUGAAGUCCAGGAGCCUUUUUUAGAAACAAGCACACAGGACAGUAGAGAAGACGACGUGAAAAGCAAGAGCGAGGGGGAGGCGGAUUCUGAGGAAGAGCAGGCCUCUCACGAGACAUCCGUGGGGUCGGACCCUGUUCCCGGCUCUGAAGAUGACCAGGAGGAAGAGCAGCACCCCAAGGAAGGUCUGAUUGAACUCAAGGAAGAGGAGCCAAUCCCUCACAGCGAACUGGAUCUCGAAACCGUCCAGGCCGUGCAGUCUUUGACGCAGGAGGAAGAGAACAACGAGCACGACGUGGCUUACCAGGACUGCGAGGAGACCCUGGCGGCCUGUCAGAACCUGCAGAGCUACACCCAGGCGGAAGAAGACCCGCAGAUGUCCAUGGUCGAAGACUGCCAGGCGUCGGAACACAACAGCCCCAUGUCCUCGGUCCAGUCUCACCCCAGCCAGUCCGUGCGCUCCGUCAGCAGCCCCAGCGUGCCUGGCGCUCUGGAGAGCGGCUACACCCAGAUCAGCCCGGAGCAAGGCUCCCUUUCCGCCCCUUCUAUGCAGAACAUGGAGACCAGCCCCAUGAUGGAUGUGCCUUCCGUAUCCGACCAUUCUCAGCAAGUGGUGGACAGCGGUUUCAGUGACCUCGGCAGCAUCGAGAGCACGACGGAGAACUACGAGAACCCGAGCAGCUACGACUCCACCAUGGGGGGCAGCAUCUGUGGGAACAAUUCCUCGCAGAGCAGUUGCUCCUACGGACCCUUGUCCUCCUCCGGCAGCCUCACCCAGAACAGCUGCGUGGUCACGCAGCAAAUCGCCAGCAUGGGCAGCAGCUGCAGCAUGAUGCCCCAGGGCGGCGUCCAGCCCCCCACAAACUGCAAUAUCAAGUCCCCCCAGAGCUGCGUGGUGGAAAGGCCUCCGAGCACGCAGCCCUCCUUAUCGCAGUGUAGCAUGAACAACAGCUUCACUCCAGCUCCAAUGAUCAUGGAAAUCCCUGAAACCGGGAGCUCCAGCAACAUCAGCAUCUACGAGAGGAUUCCCGGGGAUUUUGGUGCGGGCGGCUACUCCCAGCCCUCGGCCACCUUCAGCUUAGCCAAGUUGCAGCAGCUGACCAACACCAUUAUGGACCCUCAUGCCAUGCCUUACAGCCAUUCUCCUGCUGUGACUUCCUAUGCAACCAGCGUGUCUUUGUCCAACACCGGCCUGGCUCAGUUGGCCCCAUCUCACCCCUUGGCCGGGACGCCCCAAGCACAAGCGACCAUGACGCCCCCGCCCAACCUGGCCUCCACCACCAUGAACCUCACCUCACCCCUCCUCCAGUGUAACAUGUCUACCACCAACAUCGGCAUCCCUCACACCCAGAGGCUCCAGGGCCAGAUGCCCGUCAAGGGGCACAUUUCCAUCCGUUCCAAGUCGGCCCCCUUGCCCUCGGCCGCUGCCCACCAGCAGCAGCUCUACGGCCGCAGCCCUCCGGCCGUCGCCAUGCAGGCCAGCCCCCGGGCGCUGGCCGUUCAGCGUGGCAUGAACAUGGGGGUGAACCUGAUGCCCACGGCCCCGUACAAUGUCAACUCCAUGAAUAUGAACACCCUGAACGCCAUGAACAGCUACCGGAUGACCCAGCCCAUGAUGAACAGCAGUUACCAUAGCAACCCGGCCUACAUGAACCAGACAGCCCAGUAUCCUAUGCAGAUGCAGAUGGGGAUGAUGGGGAGCCAGGCCUAUCCCCAGCAGCCUAUGCAGCCAAACCCUCAUGGGAACAUGAUGUACAGUGGGCCUUCCCAUCACAGCUAUAUGAACCCUGCUGGGGUGCCCAAGCAAUCUCUCAACGGACCCUACAUGAGAAGAUGAGCAAGAUCCACUUGCAGUCUUAAAACACACACAGACACACAGAGAAAAAAAAACUAACUGAAAUAUCUCUAUAAAUAAAGGAACCUUUUAUACUGACAAAACCAGAGACGAUGGACCUUUUUCCAGUUAAAUAUUGCUGUAGAUCUUAGAUGGGUUUUUUUGUUCCUUUUUUGGUUUUAUUUUAUUUUAUUUUUUUAGGGGGCCUGGUCUUUGUUCUUUUCAUGUUUUUUUUUUUGGCGCUUGUUUUGGGUCUUCAUUUUCCUUCACAAUCCUGAAACGCUUCACAGUUCAAACCCAUUUUUAAAAAGGGGUUUGGGGUCUUUGGGGUUUCUUUUUUUGGGGGGGGUUGAUAUCUCCUCCCUCCCUCCACCCCCCCAGGGGACUGAAAACCUGCACACACACACAAAAAAACCACCUUUCCAUAGCUUAGCGUAGAACCUUGCUUUGCUUACCACCUGGGCAGAGUGCGUGUAAAACAGCCGUCUGCUGCUCCUGUCAUUUCCAGACCCUGUACUUUUUCCUCUUUCUUUGGCCUUUGUGUACACACAGUUCCUGAGAUGGCCCGAUCUCUACAGGUUCUCUCCGUUUCCUACUUCAGAAGCUCUGAUGGGGUGACCGAGAAUGGAAUAUGGAGCCCUUAGCAAACCUCACCGGUCCUCUUUCGCCAUUCCCCAGCAGUAGGAACUCUGGACGAUGGGUUCUCUUCCCCGCCCCCCCCUUCUUUCUCUGUCCCCAUGAACUGAAACAGAGCUUAAAUGUAAAUUUAGAAGAGUGAGCCCACGCUACGUACCCCGGGCCGAUGCUGUCGGUCUGGAGCUAGCAGUACCAACUCUGAAGGAAGCAUCAUGUGCAGCCUUAAAGGUGUAGGUGAGAGAGUAGCAAAGCCCGUUGAGCAGAGGCAACGUGGCCAUGUUUGGAGGCAGAGAUCCCAAAGGAUCUGAGCAGUGCUCUCUUUCUCACAAGGAUACCCACAAAAGCUGGGACUUGCUUGUCCUCGGCUGUCGAGAGCUUUACAAGUUCUCUUUUUUUGCCAGCCUGUUGCUAAGCAUGUAGGGAGAAAAGGCUUGGUGCGCGCCGCCUCCCCUCUCCACCCCGGUGAGUAGCCUCCCUGUGCUCUAGCCUCUUGCGAGGUUCCUUUGCCAGGCCAUUGGCUCACCUGUGGGUUUGGAGGGGGCAAAGGUGUUGAACAUCAGGGAGGGAGUCUGGGCCGGGCAAGUCCGUGCGGCAUCGUCCGUCCUGUUCAAAGGCUAAAAAGAUGUCGGGUCUGUGGGUACAACUAUCAGCUGAACUUCAAGGAGGGGGAAAAUGUAGCUUAUCCUUCUAAUGUAAAGUUCUCUCUGUAUAUUCCUGUAGAGCUACAGAUGCACUUAGAUUGACUUAGAUGUGUAAAGAAUCUUCUUUUUUUUUUCCUUCAAAGAAACCUGAAAUGCAGUUGUGAAAGGGGGGAGGCGGGGCUCAGCUGCACUAAAAAUGGACUUCCUCUGUACUAUUGAGUAUAAAAAGGCAGAAUCCCGAGGGCUUCCAGCCCACAUUUUCUCUUAGUUCUUGAGCAUGUGUACACGGCUUAGCAGGACCCACGUCCCUGUAGAUAUCUUUGAAUCCAGGCUCACCUCAUCUGUGUCGCGAGGCGACUCCGGCAACCACCUCCUACCCAUCCAUAUCAGCCGCGUUGGCUUUGCGUCCCGGUUGCAGGUGGGUCAGGCGUGGGUUUGUCAGGGGUGUCGAAAGCAAAGCUGAUGGCACAAGGGCCGUGAAAUUAUUAUUAUUGUUAUUAUUAUUAUUAUUUUGUCUGCUGUUACCUUUUUCGGUUUUGGGAUUUUUGUAUGGUUUUUUAAAAUCAAUUGGGCAGCUCCCGUUUUUCCACAAACCUUUGUGACUGUAGAACUAUUGUAGAGAACCAAUGUUCUUUUCUAUAUUAUAAAAAAAAUAUCCGACACAGUAAUAUUGGUACCUGUCAUUUUUUUCCCACUUCUGUUUAAGAAAAAAUAAUAAUAAUGUAUUUUUAGCAAAAUAAACUUGGGUAAUCUUCUAAAAGAAAUUUAAAAAAAACUCACUGUUAGUGACUUUGAUGCCUUUUAAAAAAAAGAGCUUUUUCAUUUCAUUCCAUCUUUAAAAUUUUUUAUCUUUGUUGUAGAAUAUUAAAGACUAUUUUAAGAAAGAUGAAAAUUCUCUUUAAAGAGAUCUCUAGAGUGAGUGACUAGAGCUCCAGGAUGCCUCUAAAGCCGCAUGUACAAAAUGAAGCUGCGUCUAUUCCUGUCUGUUUAUAUUUGCUUUUCCUGUUUUGUAACUUCUUUGUACUUUGUUCUUGGUGACUUGUAAGCUUAAAAAAAAAGAGGGGGGGAAGGGGUGCCUGGAUGAUUAAAAAAACAAACAAAAAAAAUACCCCUUUGUAAUUCUCCAUGUCAUGCGCUCCUGGGCCGGCCGGCCCCCCCUUCUUCUCCUUGUAUGUAAUAUCACUUUCUCCCUCCCCCCUUUCUAGCAAGUACUUUCAAAAGAACUCUGUACAUUUUAACAUAAAAAAAAAUAAAUUAUGUUGAGCCAUUUUGGA